CCGCAGCAGCUCGGAGCGCCUCCGGGAGGACAGGCGGCGAGCUCGGCGAAUCGUCAUCUGCCAGCCGAUCGCUGCGCUCCGCGGGCCGGGGCCGGGAGCCCGGAGCGAGCCCGAACGCGGCUUCUUCUCCGCCCGCCGCGGAGACUCUGCCGGGUGGGCUGCGGGCGCCCCUCGCUGCCGCCUGUGAACGCUGUGGGUGCGCGGGGUUGCGGCCACGGCGGCGGUGGCGGCGGCGGCGGGAGCCGCGAGUCGGGGCCGCCCGGGCUGUGCUUCUCCCCGGCAGCAGCGGUGGCGGCGGCGCCUGUGGCUCAGGAUGCGGCCGGGGGGCGCACUGCUCGCCCUGCUCGCCAGCCUGCUGCUGCUGCUGCUGCUGCGCCUGCUCUGGUGCCCGGCAGACGCGCCCGCCCGCGCCAGGAUUCUGGUGGAGGAAAGCAGGGAGGCCACCCACGGCACCCCCGCAGCGCUGAGGACGCUCCGGAGCCCGGCGACCGCGGUACCGCGCGCCACUAACAGCACAUAUCUGAAUGAGAAGUCGCUCCAACUGACGGAGAAAUGCAAAAAUCUGCACUAUGGCAUUGAGUCUUUCUCUAACAAAACGAAAGGGUAUUCAGAGAACGACUACCUUCAGAUUAUCACAGAUAUACAGAGUUGUCCAUGGAAACGGCAAGCAGAAGAAUAUGCAAAUUUUAGAGCCAAACUUGCUUCCUGCUGUGAUGCUGUUCAAAACUUUGUUGUUUCUCAGAAUAACACUCCAGUUGGGACUAAUAUGAGUUACGAGGUGGAAAGCAAAAAAGAAAUCCCAAUUAAGAAGAACAUAUUUCGUAUGUUUCCAGUGUCCCAGCCUUUUGUGGACUACCCUUAUAAUCAGUGUGCAGUGGUCGGAAAUGGGGGAAUUCUGAAUAAGUCUCUCUGUGGAACUGAAAUAGAUAAAUCCGACUUCGUUUUUAGGUGUAACCUCCCCCCAACCACAGGAGAUGUUAGUAAAGAUGUUGGCAGUAAAACAAAUCUUGUGACUAUAAAUCCAAGCAUCAUAACUCUGAAAUAUGGGAACUUAAAGGAAAGAAAAGCCCUAUUUCUGGAGGACAUUGCAACCUAUGGAGAUGCAUUUUUUCUUCUGCCAGCAUUUUCCUUCAGGGCCAACACGGGUACCUCUUUUAAAGUGUACUACACGCUCGAAGAGUCUAAAGCAAGACAAAAGGUUCUAUUUUUCCAUCCCAAGUACCUGAAAGAUCUGGCCCUUUUCUGGAGAACUAAAGGUGUGACUGCAUACCGCUUGUCCACCGGCUUGAUGAUCACAAGUGUUGCAGUGGAACUGUGUAAAAAUGUGAAGCUGUAUGGAUUCUGGCCCUUCUCUAAAACUGUAGAAGACACACCUGUCAGCCAUCACUAUUAUGACAACAAGCUACCUAAACGUGGUUUCCAUCAGAUGCCCAAAGAAUACAGCCAGAUCCUCCAACUUCACAUGAAAGGAAUCCUCAAACUGCAAUUUAGCAAAUGUGAAGUCGCCUAAACAAAGUAUCUUAAAAUGGGAAUAAUUUUAAUAUAAUGCAGUAGGUGAUUAACAAUGUCUCCAAACACCAAAGGAGGUGGCUACAGAGUAUUCUAAGAUGAGCCCCAAAAUUUGGUUUGACCAAAGCUUCCCCACUCAUUUUGCAACGAUGGCAAGUCAUUCAAUCCUUCUCAUCUUCAUUUUUUCUCCUUAUAACAUGGACACCAUGAUAGCUGACUCAUACAAAUUUUUUAUAAUUUAUGAAAAUUAUUGGCAUGGCCUUUGGUGUGAGGUAGGGACUCAAAGAAUAUUUCUUUCUUACUAUUUAUACCAGCCAUCUCCACCUUCACCAGACCGAUAAUAAAAGCAUGCUUUCUUGGAGAUCUCUUCUAAAAGAGAAUAGCUGCAUUACCAGUAUCCAUUGGAUUUCUUUCUGUGGCAGGUCUCUAUUAAUAAUAUCCUUCCCAUUUUUCUGUCUCAAAGACUGCAUGCAAGAAAAUUAUAUACUUAAGCAAAAAAUUCUUGAUCAUUUGGGAAUGAAAUUCUUCUCUGAGUAUGGCAGUAUGCCUGCUUCUGAUUAAAUUCACUUUUAAUAGUAGCUGUGAUGAUAUUUUGGUUGAAUUUAAGCCAUUUAUUUUCCUGUUAUGUCUACAUUUUUUCAUCACUUAAUAAUUUUAUUUUAACUUCCUGCCUCAUUCUUACACUUUUUUCUCUCUCACUUAUACGAUAUACUUCAAGGACAUGAACAGUUACAAUACCCAGUCUUUCUUACCUGUUGUCUUGUCUGUGGGGUCACUCACUCAAUUUUGUUUUAAAAUUACUUAAUAACUACUUCAUGCCAGGCCCUGCACCAGGCUCUGUGAGAGGACAAGAAGGAUUUUUGCCUCUUGUAGGAGAAAACAGAUGUGCAUAUCAUUAAUUAUGAUGGGGUAUGAUAAGUAUUACAAUGACAAAAGCUAUGAAUAAAGUGCUACAAGGAACAGAAGCAGGGAUAAUUAAAUCCAUUUCAGUGGAAUCUAUUUCAAUGUACAAUAGUCUCCCCUAAUCUGCAGAUAUGGGAAGACCCCCUGUGGAUGCCUGAAACCAUUGAUGAUAUUAGAAAUAUGUAAUUGAUUAGUAAAAGUAACAAAAUAUACUGAAAUAAUUAAAUAUACAAUGUGGGGACUUUAUAUGCUAUUUUAAUAAAAAUUAUAUAUAGUUAGGACAUUUAGAGCUUACUUAAGUUUUUUUUCCCAUAUAAUAUCCUAUCUUAAAAAUUUUUCUUUAGAACAUCAAAACAGAAUCUCUAGUGUCACUGAUAUGGAUUUCAGAAAUAUUCCAAAUGGUGUGAGAUCAAACAGCAUAGUGAUACCCAUGUUCCAGUAAAAGCUUAGGAGAAAAAGAAUGUUUGCGGGUUUUCUUUUGUGGAGAAAAUUGUAGACAUUUCCAAGUUAACACAUCUGAAGUUUCUGGUUCGACAUCUGUGUUGCCAUCCUAAAAGCACGUUUGAAAUUUUACAACAAUCCUACCUAGAUUCACGUCAGCCAAAAAUCUUUGGCUAAACAGACACCCCGAGAUUUCAUAAAGUGUGUUAUGGUCAGAAUUGGUGGUAAUUAAUCUACAAAUCUGCAAAAUAGUGUUCAUAGUUUUUCUUUUUAUUUUGAUCUUGGUGAAAAACUUGCAGUAACUCACCAUUACAGAGCGACAAGAACUGUGACUCAUGUUUUAUGAUUUACAUAGCUGAUGUGGUGUAUUAUCGAUAUCCAUAAUCUGUCAUAUUUAGACACAUUCAUUGUGACACAUAUAACAUGUGCAUUCUUUUUAUCUUUUUCUCAAGUGGGUCUAUAGUUGUGAUUUUACAGCAGAUUGGGGUUGUUGGCCAUUAUUUGAAGCUCUCCUACUCUCUUUCUAGCAUAGUCAGUGUGUUGCAGAGAACUAAAGGGAGUGAAAGACACAGUGCCUCAUUGAAUCCUAACACUUUCUUUCUGGUAGAGCAUAUAUCCCACCUUUCAUAUAUCCUGCUGUGAGGUACCAAUAAUGUUCUUUUGUUCCAAAACAGAACGUUACUUAGAACUUUCUAAAAUACGAUAGAACAUGAAUGUUUACAAUACAGCAUGUCAGCUAUGUAAACUGUAAAACAUAAGUCACAGUUCUUUUUGUUCUGUAUUGGUGAAUCAUUGCAAAUUUUUCACCAAGUGCAAAACAAAAAGAAAAACUAUAAACUCCGUCUUGUAGAUUUGUAGAUUCACCACAACCAAGUCUGACUGUGACACUCCCAAGAAAUCUGUAUGUAAUCAGCAUUGCUUAAUUGUUGUUAGAUCUAAUGUGAUCUUCUGCUCUUAAAACUCAAGUACGUCUAAGGGCAUUGAGAAUGCAAAGUCUGAGUUCUGGUACUAGACAAGAGCAGCCCUUUAGGCCAGGCGUAAUGGCUCACACCUGUAAUCCCAGCACUUUGGGAGGCCAAGGUGGGUGGAUCACUUGAGGCCAGGAGUUUGAGACUAGCCUGGGCAACAUAGUGAGUACCCUUCUCUACAAAAAACAAAAAAAUUAGCUGAGCAUAGUGGCGUGCACCUGUGGUCCCAGCUACUUGGGAGGCUAAGGAGGGAGGAUCACUGGAGCCCAGGAGGUAGAGGCUGCAGUGAGCUGUGAUCUUACCACUGCAUUCUAGCCUGUGUGACAGAGUGAGACCCUGUCUCAAAAAAAAAAAAAAAAAGAGUAGCCCUUUAGUUAGGAUUCUAGCUCAUAAUGCUACAUACUACCACUUUCUAAGAGAAAUACUAGCUUGUUGGAUUCUAUUUUCCACUUGUUGUUCAGCCUCAUUGAGCAAUGAAACAGAAUAACAAGAUUCCAAUAAAAUUUUCAGCCAAAUCCAAAGGCAAGGCAGAAAUAUUCAUUUAAGUAUAUAGUCCAUAGUACUCUGUGGUCCCUGCAAAGGGCUUCAUGAUCAAUUGCAUAGUGUUAAUUUUUGCACAGUAUAAUAAUCCUCGAACAUCCUUGAAGUCUCUGGUGCUUUUCCCCUGGAACAAAAGGCAAUGACAAAUAGAUCAUGGCUUUCACUAAAGGAGAUUUCCUUCUUCAUGUAAGUCCUAACCCAGUAACUGCGUGGGCUCUCAGCCAGGUAAUCAGUCAAAAAGUCUUUUUUUGAGGACUCUCUGUAGAAUACAGAAUUAAGCAGCAAAUCAGACCUGUGUUUGCCUAAAUUUUUCCUUGCUUAUAAAAAAUUUACCAGCUAAGUAUUAUGUAAUGUCAAGUACCCUAAAUCACUCCAUGAAUUAGGAAGCUUUGGGAAAAUUGGAAAAUUUUGUGGAAAACAGGUCCACUAACAUCCUAAACAGCUACUGCAGAAGUAUAGUUAAGAUGUGAUAUAUAAUAUAUUGUGACCUUCAAGACAUUUUAUUUAUCUAACAUGACAUGGAAACACAUUAUUAUGCCAUUAAAAAUUGAAGGCAUUGUAGGAAUUCAUCUGAUAUAUCUGAUGCACUUGAUCUAAUAAAUCCACUUGAGGCUGCUAGGAGUGUUGAAGAUUUCCUAUUUACAUGUGGCUUCAGAAGGCUGAUCCCAUAGCGAGGAACAGUGUCACCAGUACCCUCCUGAAAGUGGAAAGGCAAGACUAUUUUUCAUGCUCUUUCUUAUUUUGGGUCAUCGCUCUUCCAGAAGCAUUCUUCUUUUUAUUAAAAAAAUGUGGGUGAUAUAUGAUAAAGAUGCGCUACUUAUGUAAUGGAGACAGGGCACACUCUUUAGCAGAUAAUAUUGAAACAUUGGCUCACUCUGUGGAGAAAAAUAAAUGCCUACAUUGCACCAUAUAAAAAGUUGGGCUCCAGAGGGAUGAAAACGAUGGAUUAAAAGAAAACUUUAAAGCUCAUAGAAGAAAAUGUAGGAGAAUUAUGUUUGAGAUACAGGUGAGGAACUGUACUUCUUCAACAUGACCCAAAAAUAUCUUUUUAAAUAGUUGGGUUAAGAAAGGAUGGCUAUGACUGUAUUAAAAUGAAAGAGUUCUAGUCAGUGAAUGACACCUUAAAGUUAAUAGGCUGGGGACAGACUGAAAUAGCUUUUAGUAAUGCAUAAAAUUAAUGACAUUAAUAGAGAGACAUUCCAAGGAAUUGUAAAUCAACAAGUAAAAGACAAGAAACUCAAUAUAAAAAUGAACAAAAGAUAAGAAUGUGAUUUACAAAGGGGAAAGCUGAGUAGCUAAUAAGAAUAGGAAGUGAUACUCAAAUUUACCAGUAACCUGAGAAAUGCAAAUGAAAGUGAGAUACUACAUCCAUUGCAUUGGUAAAAAUUAGUAAGGUCAUUAACUUCAAGUGUGGAAGUAUAAGCUGAUUGAAUCAUUUUGGAAAGCAACCUAGGAGUACUGAGUCAGUAAAAUUCAUCAUAUGUCUGUCCUAUAGUCCAGUAACUGCACUUUUGCAUAUACAGCCAAGAGGACCUGUUCUGAUCCGCACAAAAAAACAAGUAUUAAGGUAUUUAUUCCAUUAUGGUUUGCGGUAGUAAGUAGACAAAUUGGACACACGGAUAUCUUCAAGUAUUAAGGUAUUUAUUCCAUUAUGGUUUGCGGUAGUAAGUAGACAAAUUGGACACACGGAUAUCUGUCUCUUCGGAAGUCAGUGAACUAACUUGACUGGAUCCAUAGUGUGGAAUACGAUACAGCAGUUAGAAGCAACUUACUGGACAUAUAUACAGAAAUAAGGAUAUGUCCUUUAAAUUUAGCAUAAAGAGAAAACAAAAGCUUUAGCACAAUGCCAUUUAAUUACUUUAAAGCAUAUGCAUGCAUACAUACAAACAUAUUCAAGGCUACGUGUCAAAUACAAGAAGGGUACCCAUUAAGAAGAAGGUAAUCGGAGUGGGUUUAGGGAUAAAGAAGAAAAAUAUACAUGUUAUUAUAUUUAAUACAGCAAGCCUUUGACAUAUAUAUUCUUAUACUCACAUAUGAUAUUCUUACUACUACAUAAAUAAAUAUAGAAGCUGACUCAAAAUGGUAAGUAACUUACAUAAGGUUGCAUUAUAUAUAAGAGCAGAGCUAGUAUUCAACUCAUAUGUCUGACUCUAAAGCCAAUAUUAUUUCCAUUGUGCAAUUAUAAAAUGAAAAGAAAAAUCAGUAUUAUCCCAUGUCAUUGACAUGUAAUAAAUGGCACAUAUUUACGUACAUGCAUAUACCCAUGAAACCGUCUCUCCAAUUAAGACAAUGUAUAUAUUCAUUACCCCAAAAUGUUUUCUUGUGCUACUUUGUAAUCCCUCCCUCUUCCUCCUCCCUGUCCAUCCCACCCUGGUCCCCAGAAAAUUCCUAAUCUGUUUUUCUAUAGACUAAUUUACAUUUUUACACUAUAGACUGUUUACAUUUUUUAGAAUUUUAUAUAAAUGGAAUCUUACUGUCUGUACUCAUUUCUUGUCUUGCACUUUUGCUCGACAUAAUAUUAAAAUUCAUUCAUGUCAAUUGUGUAUCAGUAGUUUAUGCCUUUAUUUACUGAGUAGAAUCAUGUUAUAUGGAUGGACCACAAUUGGCUUAUCUGCUGAUUUGUUGAUGAACAUUUUACUAUCUCCUGGUUUGGGCUAUUAACAAAUAAAGGUAUCAUGAACAUUAAUGUGCAAGUCUUCUUGUGAACAUAUUUUUAUUUCCUUGGGGCAAAUAUCUAGGAUUGGAAUGACUAGGUCACAUGGUCCAUGUAUGUCUAACACUUUU